ACUUAAAAGAUCAACUGGCUACAUCAUUUUCGGACUUUAAUCUCCUCUUUGGUCACUUCUUUCAUCAAGCAGUUGCAUUUGCUCUUUCAGUACUCUUGUGUUAACCAAACAAAUUUCCAUUUCCAACUUCCAACUAUGGCUUGGGCUCUUGUUUCUACUAUCAAGGACCAGCUUAGUUCUUUCAUUGCUUCAGAGUUCUCGUCGAUUGCAAAUGUCAAGGGAGAAGUGCAAAAGCUUGAAAGCAAAUUCCACACCAUCCAAGCAAUGCUCAAAGAUGCAGAGAAACGACAAGUGAAGGAGGAAGCUGUGAAGCUUUGGUUAGAUAAACUCAAAGACGUAUCCUACCAGGUGGACGAUGUGUUGGAUGAGUGGAACACUGCCAUGAUCAAAGAAAAGAUUGAGAAACAACAAAAAGAUGAAGAAGAAAAGGCUGAAACUAGUGCUGCUAAGAAGAGGAAGGUAUGGCUUCCCAUCUCAAUUCCUAAUCUUUUUCAGCAUCGUGUUAUUGCUCGUAAGAUAAAAGAACUUAAUGAAAAAUUAGAUGAGAUUAACAAAGAGAGGGAGAUGUUCGGGUUUGAAUUGAGUAGGGCCAUUGAAGAAGUAGUUGAGAGACCAAAAACUACUUCCUUUGUUGAUGUGUCUAAAAUUCUUGGUCGUGAUGAGGUUAGGAAGGAUCUAGUGAGCAUCCUACUGGGUGAGGGUAAUCAAAAAGAAGAAAGAAGCCCUUAUGUCAUUUCUUUAGUGGGCAUGGGUGGUAUUGGAAAAACUACUCUUGCUCAACUAGCCUAUAACGAAGUGAAGACCCAUUUUGAUAUGAAAGUGUGGGUUUGUGUUUCUAACUCUUUCAAUAAGUACAAGAUUGCCAUGGAAAUCCUUGAAUCUAUUCAAUAUAAAUCCCCCAAUAUGACUGCAUCGCAAAGUUCAUUGGAAUCUGAAAUCCUGGAAUUUCUUGAAUCUCAAUCCCCUAACAUGACUGCAUUGCAAACUCUAUUGGAAACAAUUUGUAGAAAAGUUGAGGGAAAGAAGUUUUUUCUUGUCUUAGAUGAUGUGUGGAAUGAAGACUCCACAAUGUGGGAGCCAUUCAAACUUGCACUCAAUUGUGUUGCUAAUGGCAGUAGAAUUCUAGUCACUACACGUAAAACUAGAGUUGCAGAGAUAAUGGAAAGUGUGAGCAUUAUUAAUUUGAAGGAAUUGUCAAAAGAAGAUUGUUGGUUGGUGUUUAGUAAAAUAGCAUUUUUUGAUAGGGAUUCUAAUCAACGUGAGCAACUAGAAGGUCUUGGUAGGCAAAUAGUAGAAAAAUGCAAAGGCUUGCCACUUGCUGCGAAGACUCUAGGGAGUCUCAUGCGCUUCAAGAGAAGUAUACAAGAAUGGAAGAGUGUUCUGGAUAGCAAUUUGUGGGAAUUGGAAGAUGCGGAAAUAAAAAAUAUUUUUGCACCAUUGUUAUUUAGUUAUUAUGAUUUAUCGUCACCAUUGAGACGAUGCUUCUCAUUUUGUGCUGUUUUUCCGAAAGGUUAUGUCUUUUCUAUCAAUGAGUUGAUAUUUAUGUGGAUAGCACAAGGAUAUAUCAAGUCAAAUGCAAAUAUGGAGAUAGAAAUCAUGGCGAGAGACUACUUUGAAAACUUAGCCAUACGCUCUUUAUUCCAAGAUUUUGAGAAAGAUAAGGAUGAUGGCAAGAUAAUAAGGUGUAAAAUGCAUGACAUAGUGCAUGACGUUGCACAAUUAAUGUCAAAAAAUGAAUGCUUCACAAUCAAUAGUGACAUAAAUUUGGGAUCAGAUUAUAAAAAUGCUCGCCAUUUGCAAUUAAAAAUUCUCAAAGAAGCCCAAAUUCCUGAGUCAAUUUAUAGUGCAAGCAAUCUACGCACCCUCAUUCUUGUAUUUCAAGGUGAUUAUAACUUAUCUACCCUAUUCCAACAUUUUGGAUGUUUACGGACAUUAACUUUGAAUUUUGAAUAUGGUGAUAUGUUGAAGGAACUUCCAGAUGUAGUGGAAAAUUUCAUACAUUUAAGGUAUCUCUAUUUACAUAAAUAUGAUGACAAUUUGCCUGAAACCAUUUGUAAUCUAUGUAAUUUACAAUAUUUGAAGGUUACAAUUGGUCGUAGGUUCAAGAAAUUACCACAGGGGAUGAGUAAACUAAUUAACUUAAGACAUCUUAUUUUGGAUGAAAAUGGUUAUAUUUUUGAACCGAUAGAUUUUCCAAGAGGGAUUGGUAAAUUGACUUCUCUUAGAACAUUAAGCCAUUUCAACAUAAGUGCUAAGAAUAAUAGUACAGGAUGUAAACUCGGAGAAUUAAAAAAUUUGAACUAUCUUUCAGGGAGUCUUAAAAUAAGAGGGCUUGGGAAUGUGGUGGAUGCAUGUGAGGCCAAGAAUGCACAGCUCAAUAAGAAAAUAGGCCUCCAUACUCUAGAUCUAAAUUUUCACAGAGAGAAUGAUAUGAGAAUGGGGAAUGAUGAUGAAUUAGUUCUGAAUGCUUUAGAGACACCUCCAGAGUUAGAGAAAUUAUCAAUUUUUUGGUAUGAGGGCACCACAAUUUCUUUUAAUUCGACAAUGCUCUUGACCAAAUUGAAAACGCUUUAUCUCAAAGGCUGCAUAAAGUUAGAGUCAUUGUCUUCUCUAUGGAAACUGACAUUCCUUGAAUUAUUAACGAUAACGAAUGCACAUAGCUUGAAAAAGGUCGGUGUUGAAUUUUUGGGAAUAGAAUCUGAAAACAAGAAAGACAACAAAAUAAAAAUAUUCCCAAAUUUGAGAUAUCUAUGCUUUAUGGAAUUGUACGAGUGGGAAGAAUGGACUGGAAAUGAAGGGACGAGAGAAGCAGGGGAAAACGAAGAAGACUGUUUUGAUAUAAUGCCAUGUCUUGAAGAGUUAAAAAUUCUAUGGUGCCCAAAGUUAAACUCAUUACCGAACUUCCUUGGUUCAACUGGAUUGAAGAAAUUGGAGAUCCAAGGCAAUCAAAUUCUCAGCAAAAGAGGACUGACCCAAGAUUUCCCAUAUCCCAGGAAUCAAGAUUAACUAAGUAUGUGCAAGGACACGGUUCGAAGGUUCUAGAGCUUAAAGUGCAAGUUAGACUUUCUGGACUAUGGGUCCACCAACUUUAUGGAGCUAUCCGGCGAGUUUAAAUUCUGUUAUUUCAGAGAAGUCGCCUGGACCAAUGCCGGACCAAGGGUCGAUCGACUUCUCCUUAGCACAUCUGGUGUAAUCGUGUGUAUUACGAAGAAGAGUAUGACAAAGAAUUGGAUGCUGGAAAAGUUCAUUCUCUACUUGAUUUAACGUAGCAAGUCUGAUCCAGUCACAGGAGAGUGAUGAAUACAAAGGCGUGCAGAUUUCUUGUCUUAGUGAUUGAAGAAUUUCAUGACAAGGAAGAGGGGGAGGAGGAGGAUGUUACUAGUUACCACUAGGUGUGGAGGGAUUCAGAUGAGAAAUGCUUGCUUUUCCUUUUACCAUUGGUAGUUUCCCAAUUUGGAAUGACAUUCAAAAAUGGAAACAACUGAAUUAGUCACCAAUAUGUGCAAGGAAAAAAGAAGAAGAAGGCAAUGAAGCCAUACUACUAUUAUUUGCUCUGGGCUGUUCAAUUCUGAUUCACCAAUAGGUUUAUCUCAAAACUAUGGUCCAUAUGCGUAAGCUCAGCUUGCUUAAGAGGGAAUGGUUAUGCAAAUGACUGAAAUUUUAUUUUAUGGCACCAUAAUUCGGAGAACAGGAGGUGUUGGUGGCACCUUUGAGACUGUUUACAGCAUUCAGGAUUCAGUAAUCUACUAAAAAGCUUCCCUGCCUUUAUCUAAACUUAUUGGAGAAGGGUAGUUUAUGCCUCCUUUGGAGAAGCUUCCAUUGCUCAAAUCAUUAACAAUAAAGUUCUUUUAUGGUUUGAAAAAGGUGGGUGUUGAAUUUCUCAGAAUAGAAUCCAAAAACAAGAAAGAUGACAUACUAUUCCCAAAUUUUAAAACUCUCUUGUUUGUCAAUUUGGGUGAGUGGGAAGAAUGGAUUGGGAUUGGAGAAAUGAAGGCAGCAGAGGAACACUGGCAUAGCAUUAUCAUGCCAUGUCUUCAAGUGUUGAGAAUCUCCAACUGCCCGAAGUUAAAGUCACUACCGGACUUCCUUUGUACAACUCCGUUGAAGGAUUUGGAGAUUGAUCGCAGUCCGAUUCUCAGCCAAAGUUGCCAAAGAGGGAUAGGAGAGGAUUGGCUUAAGAUUUCCCACAUCCCAAACAUCCAGAUUGAUUUUGAGCGUGUGUAAGGAUACGAUUCAUUGACAGCUCUCUUAGUAGCUCAAUGGCUUGGAUACUUGUUACAAGUAUGGAAGCUUAGGUGUGAGUUCUGUUGAGAGAAAGAGAGCGAAGGUUUUCUUCUGGGCAUGUAGGCGGAGGAUGACAAAGAAGAGUAUGGUGAAGAAGAGCAUCACGAAGCAGAGGUUCCUGAAUUUCAGCUAAAGGACACAGCUGAAAUUGUGUGUGCGUGCAUGCGUGUGAAUGAACAUCCUUCCUCAGCAAAGUUCAUUCUCGGCGUGAUUAAGUCACCAAUGGUUCAAUCUUAUGCACUCUAUUGUGUUUGGCUUGGCUCCAGGUGGUUCCAUCCAUUAAGGUUGGAGUCUGACAGCCUAAAUACGGACGGGUAGUUAUUUGAAAGGUGAACGAAGUGGUAGUGUUAGAGUGUAAAUAAUCUCCAAUCAGCUAGUGGUGAAUGCAUGUUUAAUUGGGUUCAUAUACCUUGUCGAUUCUCCUUAACGGUUCAUGCUUAAUUGGGUUCGAGAAGGGUCUUAGCUAUCUGAGAUUAAGGGAUUAAGCUUGGGAAGGAGAAGGACCAAUUACAUGGCGUAAUAAAAUGCCCAAAGGAGUAGUUUUUUUCUCUGGACUACAUAGCAAACUACGCUUCUUGUUUACUAAGGAAUUAAGCAUCUUCUGGUUGACAUAUGAUCUUGCCUGAGAAAGACAAAUAAUAUAUUCCACAUGGAAUAUAAUGCCAAAACUCAACUAGUAGUCUACUUAGGUUAAGUGGUAAACCAAAGUCUUUUUUUUUUUUUUUUUUUGCUGAAUGAAAAAUGUGCAGGGGGCGACCAACGUGCUAAACCACGGUCUUACCCAAAUGAUCUUCUUAUUCACAUAUAUGACCUUGAUAAAAUUAGUUGUCUAUUGCCUACUGGUUAGGUAUGCUGUGCUUUUCUAGACUACGCGGCAAGGCACGGUUCUACCCAAUUUAUUCUUUAACAAUUUGUUCUAGCAUUUGACAUGUCUGCAGGUAUUUAUAUAACAUUUUUGUUAGAGAUACCAACAUUAAUAACAUAUUCGAACCAUGAUAGAAAUAAUAUCAUCCUUACCUUAUAAGCCUCA